UUGAAGUACACUGCAUUAUCCAUAAUGCUUUUCGGCAUCUACGUCAUCAACCUGCGUUGUUCUGAGAGUGGUGAGCUGGCUUUGAACAGCGGGUGGAUUUUUCAUUUAUAAUUUCCUCCCACAAUCUUCAUCACAAUGACCAAGCUUCUGGAGUGGCUUCUUGGUGUGUCACUGAUUGGUGUGGCAUGGGGACUCGUUACCUUUGACCUCCUUGAUCUGCAGUUUCCUCCCCAGUAUAGAGAGCUGGCGUGGCCCAUGCCUGUAUAUCUGCUGGUGGUGUUUGGGUGUUAUUCACUGGCAACUGUUGGUUACCGUCUGGCCACGUUUAAUGACUGUGAGGAUGCGGCCAAAGAGUUGCAAGUCCAAAUAAAAGAAGCCAAAGUGGAUUUAAAGAAGAAGGGACUGAAGAUGUGAGAAUUACAUCAUAGCUUCAUAUACACACACACACACUUUGUGAUGUCUGUACUACAAUAUGCGCUCAAAGCUUUUCAAGUUUGUUCAAGUCUUUUUUCAACAUGAUGUAAAUAACCGAUUGAAAUGUAAACACCUGUACACCUGAAUGAUCUGUUUCCAGGAUUAUGACAGUCUUAUUUUAAACAUUACAGGCACAUGCAUGUAUUGUCAAUGGAGAACAGUGCUAUUUCUGUCAACCUCUAGUUUGUCUGUAUUUGCAUUGGCCAGAGAAUUAAUACAUCUCUUUUUUGAACCAGUUCUUUUUAGCGAGUCCGAAUUCUGAGUCCGACUUCGAAACAAACCCACUGUGUAGAUUUGCGCUUGCACAAGGGCAGCAUUUCAGAAACUCAAAUGACUUAGAUUUUGAUUUAAAAUAUAAAAUAAUGUGACUGUGUUCAGGCUCCCAAACUGUUGUCCCUUUUACCUUAAAUUAAGGUUAUGAUAAUUUUUCUUGUGUGUGUAAUUGGAGUGUUGUAAGAACAAACAUAUAAUGUGAAUACAGGGUCCUGAUAAAAGAAGUGGCCUACAUCAGGCUUUUCACACCUGGUUAACCCUGGGUCAUUUUAAAGCUCAGGUAAAUGAAAUCCAUGGUCAUUUUUCUCUACGCUUCACAAGUCCCAUAACCUGCCCGGUUUAUAAAUGAAUGCUGCUUAUUCAUAAGCUGAUGUGUCACGCUGUGCAUUUCCUGGGUUAACUUUCUUAUUUGUGUUGUCAAUGAUUGGAUGAACGCAGCACACAACAUUUUUCCAGCAUCCUCGUGUUAGUAGAUAUUAUUGGAUGAAUGUAUUAAGUUUUUCCUGAAUGGACUUUUAGGACUACAAAGGUAUAAAUACUAUUGUCUCUCUUCACUUAAAAUCAUGUAUUUUCCUUUACCAUUUAAUGGUAAAAUACCUCUCUGUAUGCUAGUGACUGUUUAACCCUCUGGUGUUGUUUGGUCAUUUCAGACUAGGGUAAAAAAAAAUAUUUUUUAAUUGCUACUUCAUCGAAAUGGCAUUAAAAUGUAAUGACUUUUAUGUCUAAACACACACACAAAAAUUCUAGACUUGAUUAAAAAAAGCUUAAUGGUUGAAAAAAAUAGUCACACUCACACACACUGCUGUUCGUGGUCAAAAAUGACCACCACUGGAAAUGAAUGGGAAAUACUCAACAAUACAAAUACAAAUAUAUAUAUAUAUUUUUUGUGUGCACAGCAAUUAAGGGGUGACAAACAAAAAUAUCAAGAGUGUUAAAACAGAAACACACAAACUCACUCACACACAAAAAAAUAUUUUUAAAACUUGGAAAUUUCUUUCUCUGUUUACAGGUUUGACUGUAGUAAAAUUAAUGCAAAAACUGGCAAUUCAAACCAAUAUUUAAAUAAAUACUUUCUAAACCUUUA